ACCCGCCCCAAACUUUGAUCACUUUGCGAGAACAUAUCCUGAAAUCUCAACAGAACCUGCGAGAAGCGCCCUACGGCCCCGAGAAACCAGAAGCGAAGCCCGUGGAUAUUUGUAUCCGAACAACGCCGAUCGCCGAGACAUCUUGCUUGGAUUUUGAGCGUGUGGAUUUGGUAAAUGAUAUGAAGAUGGUAGCUGAAGCAGAGGUGGUGGUGGUUCAGCAGAGCGUGGCACCGGUCUUGGAUGUUCAAUUCCGUUGUAGUAGCAGCACCGGCGGUAUUCAGGAGGUGGUCGUCGCGUCGCCGCUUUCGCCUUCCGGUAGUGAAGCGAUUUGUGCCUCCGACUCCGUUUCCGACGACUCAUCGUGCUCUCAAGUCGGCAUAAGGUCUCCUGAAACUUCCGUCGAGUCUGCUAUACUUCCAUUUGUUCCCAGCAUUCGUUCCGGUAGCUUUGCUGACAUUGGAAACCGCAAGUACAUGGAGGAUGAGCACAUAAGGAUAGAUGAUUUAUCUGCACACUUGGGAUCAUUUUUCAGGUGUCCCAGGCCAAGUGCCUUCUAUGGGGUAUUUGAUGGGCAUGGAGGACCUGAAGCUGCAGCUUAUGUUCGGAAAAAUGUAACGAAAUUCUUCUUUGAAGAUUCCAAAUUUCCUCAGACAUCAGAAGUUGACGAUGCCUUCCUAGUUGAGGUUGAGAACUCACUCCGAAAAGCCUUUCUUCUGGCAGACCUAGCUUUGGCUGAUGAUAUUGGUGUGAGCAGUUCUUCUGGGACAACAGCACUGACAGCUCUAGUGUUAGGAAGGAAUUUGAUGGUAGCAAAUGCUGGCGACUGUAGAGCAGUUCUCUGCAGGAGAGGCGAGGCAAUAGACAUGUCUCGAGACCACAGACCGAAUUACGCAUCAGAAAAAAGGCGUGUUGAAGAACUGGGGGGAUACAUAGACGAUGGUGGUUAUCUCAACGGUGUUUUGUCAGUUACUCGAGCUCUGGGGGAUUGGGACGUGAAAUCCCCUCACGGCUCAGCCUCGCCACUCAUCUCGGAGCCGGAAUUCAACCAGACGAUUCUGACAGAGGAAGACGAGUUCCUCAUUAUGGGCUGCGAUGGGAUCUGGGACGUGAUGUCAAGCCAGGAUGCAGUCAGCCUCGUACGGCGGGGGUUGCUACGACACGAUGACCCGGAGCAGUGUGCAAGGGACCUAGUAAUGGAGGCCUUGCGCCUCAAGACAUUUGACAACCUCACAGUUGUGGUGGUGUGUUUCUCUUCCCUUGAUCUCAGGGGACAGUCCCCACCGCGGCAGCGGAGACUAAGGUGUUGCAGCCUCUCAGCAGAGGCGCUGAACAACUUGAGGCGCUUACUGGAAGGCAGCGGUUGAAUUCUUUACAUAUUGUAUUGUUUCUUAUUGGUUGGGGUAAUAAUAAAGUAGUCGUAAAACACGGACGUCUGACGGGGUUGGGGGGGGGGGGGGGGGGGGGGGUUGGUUUAUAUAAGCUGUUUGUGGCUGCUUCCAGCUGGACUGACUGUACAAUAAAAUAAAGCAGCUAGCAGUUUUGUAGUGGGAAAAUUGGUGGGUUGCGUGGUGUACGUUUUUGGUGUACAUACAAUUAUUGAGAGGAGGGUGAGGUGGAGGGUUAAUAUAGAAUUGACUGGAAUAGAGUGUUCUUAAAAGUCGUUUAUUGAUCUUUUUAGGUGGCUCCAGUCCUCUCCACGCCUCUUGAGUUGCGUGGGCUAUUGGUUUGCUUGCUCUGUAUAUAUAACCAUUUCGUAGAUAUAACCAUUUCUCUC